AGUAAUAUAUUCUGGGCGGUUAUACGGCCGACGUGAUAUAUAAGGCAAACCAUCUGUCUUUCAGCAUGAUUCAAGAGCUGCAUCAGAUUCUCAAAGUCAGACUUUGCAUCUAAUACAACAUGAAGCUCUCUACUUCCCUGCUUCUCCUGGCGGCAUCAGUCGUCUCUGCAUCGCCAACUCCAACGUUGAAAGAAGGUGUAGCAAAAGUACUAGCGAAAAGAGCGAGCAUUACAGAUGCUGCCAAUAUCGGCUUCGCGACGCAGAAUGGCGGAACCAAAGGAGGCGCUGGUGGACCUACUACGACCGUCAGCACUCUCCCUCAGCUGUCUGCCGCAGCCAACUCUACGGGACCCCUUGUCAUCGUCGUGCAAGGUUCCAUCAGCGGUGCAGCAAAGGUGGUUGUUGCAUCAGACAAGACCAUCGUUGGCAAAACUGGUAGCUCACUGACCGGUAUCGGAUUCACAAUUCUGGGCCAGAAGAAUGUGAUCGUCCGGAACAUGAAGAUCGCAAAAGUACUUGCCGCAUACGGCGACGGUGUCACAAUUCAAAAAUCCCUUAACGUAUGGGUCGACCACUGCGACUUCUCUGGCGACGAGACCGUGGGCAAGGACACCUACGACGGACUGGUAGAUCUAUCGCACGCCGCUGACUUCGUGACCAUCUCGCACUCGUACUUUCAUAACCACUCCAAGGGCACACUUGUCGGCCACACAGACAAAAAUGCCGCUGAAGAUACCGGCCAUCUGCGUGUAACAUACGCCAACAACCACUUCUACAAGGUCGCCAGUCGCGGACCGCUGCUCCGCUUCGGCACAGCUCAUAUCCUCAACAAUUACUACGAGGAGCAAAACACUGGUGUGAACACACGUAUGGGUGCCCAGGCUCUUGUGCAGAGCACUGUCUUCGAGAACAGCGGCAAGAAGAUGGUUUACACAGAAUCUAGCGCUGAGGAAGGGUACGCGGUUGUGAUAGACACGCUAUUCGGUGGACAGAGUGCGAAUACGGCGCCUGUCGGCACGCUCAGCGCGAGCAGUUUCACUUACGCUUACACGCCUUUGGGUUCUGCGAAUGUCAAGGCGGCCGUCACCAAGGAGGCUGGACAGACCCUAGCGUUCUGAAGCGCUGUGAUAGGAACUGUAUGGGUGGUGGGUCACAGGGUUCUUGUAGAUAGUUUGUUGAGGAUGCGAUGCAGGGUUGAUGGUGCAGCCGCAACGUAGCAUUUGUGCUUAAAAUCUAUAGCAAUUGUUUCAAACUUGUGCGACUCG